ACUGUGGCUGGUUAACAACUUGGGCCAUGGCCUCUCUCUUUAAGGGUUGGCCUGUUGUUGGGCAGAGCUUGCUGGCGCUCCACGGCUCGCUCCACCCGUGAGGCAGCUUCCCUCGACAUGGCCCUCCAGGAGCAUGGGCUUCAUUUAUUCCGCUGCGCUGUUGCCAGAGUCCUGCCGGGGCCUAUGCUGAAAAGGGCCCUGGUCUUGGAGACAGGCGAAUGCCCGAGGCUCGUGUUGCACGGUCGGCCUUUUGAACUGAGGAGGAACUUGUAUCUGGUCGGCUUUGGGAAGGCUGUUCUGGGCAUGGCAGCUGCGGCAGAGGACAUCCUCGGAGACUACCUCGUCCGGGGAGUAAUUAGUGUUCCUCAAGGCAUCCAGAAACUCUGCAGCACACAGGAAGGAGAGCAGGCAAUGUUGCUGAAGCCCCAGAGCCGCAUCCAAGUUAUGGAAGGAGCUAAGCACAACCUUCCUGACAGAGCAGCUCUGAAGGCAGCCACUGCUAUCCAGGAUUUGGCCGAGGGCCUGACAGCUGGGGACCUUCUUCUGGUGCUGAUCUCAGGAGGAGGGUCAGCACUUUUACCUGCGCCCAUCCCGCCAGUCACCCUGGAAGAGAAGGAAACCAUCACCAGGUUACUUGCUUCAAAGGGAGCUACCAUUCACGAGCUGAACACCAUCCGAAAGGCCCUCUCCUUGUUGAAAGGUGGGGGGUUGGCACGGGCCGCCUAUCCUGCCCAGGUAUUGAGCCUCAUCCUCUCCGAUGUCAUUGGGGAUCCUUUGGACAUUAUUGCAAGCGGCCCCACUGUUGCCAGUUCCCACAGCGUCCAGGACUGUUUUCACAUAUUGACCAAAUACAAUAUGCUGGACACCUUGCCGCAGUCUGUGCAGACCGUGCUGUCUGGCUCUGCCACAGGACAUAACACUCCUAAAGACUAUUCCCACGUCUUCAACGUUGUUAUUGGCUCAAACAGGUUAGCUUUGGAGGAAGCCCGGUGCCAGGCAGAGGAGCUGGGUUACUUGACCCUGGUUCUGAGUGACGCAGUGUGUGGGGAGGUCGGCACAGUGGCUCGUCUCUACAGCCUGUUGAUUCAGCUCAUUUGCCUGAGCGCCGUGAGAGGUGCCCAGACCUACCUUUUGAAAGACAAGGUGGAAGCAGCACUCUCCAGCCUGGAAGCACAGCUGGCGAUCCCGGGCUUGAACUGUACGGACGCUUUGAAAGCUUUGCAAGAAUCCCAAGCAGGAAGACCCGUUUGCCUUCUCGCCGGGGGAGAAACCACCGUGCAGCUUCGAGGAAGUGGGAAGGGGGGACGGAACCAAGAGCUGGCUCUGCGAGUGGCUUUGGAGCUGCACAGAGCCAAGUCCACGGAGGCUGGCAGCUUCCUGGAGGAAUACAAAGUCGUGUUCCUGAGUGGCGGAACUGACGGGCAAGAUGGGCCGACAGAGGCUGCCGGGGCCUUCAGCAGCCAGGAGCUGGUGCAUGAGGCUGAGCAGGAAGGCUUUGACGUGGGAACUUUUCUGAGCAAUAAUGAUUCAUACACAUUCUUCACCGAGUUCCAAAGAGGGCGCCACCUUUUGAUGACGGGCCUGACGGGCACAAAUGUCAUGGACGUUCAUGCUGUUUUAAUCAGAGCUAGAGGUGGUUAGCGAUGCACCAGACAUUCAGAUUCUUCUUACUACAAAGGAAGAACUAUGGGCAAGUCUGCAUGAAGCAGGGAGCCUUGCUGCCCAGACUGUCAGUGUCAGAUUCCAAAGGUUGCAAUUAGACACAUGGUAGAUGUUUCCAAGGCAAAA